AUGCUUCGUUGGUAUCAAGCUCGCCUGGCGGCCCGGCCAUUGCUCACUCAAUGCAUCACUACCGGUGUCCUCUUCGGCACUGGCGACAUAAUCGCCCAACAACUCGUUGAGCGCAAAGGCCUCGACAACCACGACAUGAUGCGCACCGCGCGCAUGGGUGGCUACGGUGGCAUCAUCUUCGGCCCCAUGGUCGUGCACUGGUACCGCUUCCUCGAGCGCUCAAUCAAGUUCCCCGGCAAGCCGAACGCAGAGAUUGUGGCGCGCGUCGCGUGCGACCAGCUGAUCUUUACACCGCUGAACAUGCUGUUCUUCUUCUCGACGCUGUCGGUCCUGGAGGGCGGCAGCCCGGCGGAGAAGUUGGAUGCGAACUAUUGGACGGGGCUGAAGACGAACUGGAUGGUGUGGCCGGCGGUGCAGUUGGUCAACUUCAAGUUGGUGCCGUUGAAUCAUCGGUUGUUGGUGGUCAACGUUAUCUCGUUGGGGUGGAACUCGUACUUGAGUUUCUUGAACCAGCAGGGUGUGGAUCCCUCAGUGGCCGAGAAGGCGGAGAAGAAGGUGGAGGAGAUCUUGGACUAG